AUGGCUACGGCGGUGGUCGAUAUACCGUUCCUCUCCUCCCAUUACUCUAUUCUGGAAACCACCCUUACAUCUUUGUCACAGAAUCCGACUGUUGAACUAGUCAACCAGCUUCUAGACAGCAUUUCUACCAAGGCCCGUGAGACAGAGGAACUCAGGUCUGAUAAGCUACGACUGGAAGUUGAGUUUGAAAAUGCUGUUCGCAGCGGCGAAUCAAAAGUCAAGGUUCUAAAAAAUUCGGUUGAGAAAGGCCUGGCGGAAAUCACCAGUCUUCGCAGCAAGCUUCAAGAAUCAGAACUAGCGCGAUCGAAUCUAGAAUCUGAAGUCACAGCGCUCAAAUCAUCCUCCAGUACAAGUGAAUCAGAAUUUAGCAGCCUAAAAUCCCGAAUCGCCUCCCUAGAGACUUCUAAUCGCGACACUCUGGCAUUGCUUGAGUCCAAAUCUAAUGCAUAUGAUAAGCUUGCGGAAGAACUGUCGGCUCAACAUAAGAAAACAAUCGAAUUACGACGCGAUGCCGCGAACCUAGAACAGAGACUGCAGGCUUCUCAUGCAGCCGCUUCUAGUACUCGCUUCCGGGAACAAAGCCUCAAGCAAGAGGUGGAGCUAUUGAAGAAGAAUAAUGAAUGGUUUGAAAAUGAAUUGAAGACCAAAUCGGGGGAGUAUCAGAAGUUCAGGAAAGAAAAGAGCGCUCGUAUUUCCGAGCUACAACGAAUUAACGAGGAUGCAAACUCUAACAUUGAUGCGCUGAGACGGAGCGAAAACUCCCUUAAAUCUCGGCUAGAUGAGGUUGAGCAGAAGUACGAGGAAGCGUUAUCCACCACCCAACAACUGAAAGAGGAAGCCAUUCAGGCCUCUGAAUCUUUCCGAAUUGAGCUCGAUAGCUCCAGCCGGCUAGCACAACUACAACAAGCAGCUGCUGAAACCGCCAAGAAACGUGUGCAAGAGUGUCAGUUGGCUCUCGAAAAGACACGAGAUGACGCCGCAGAAGAGAUCUCGAGACUGCGAGCCGAGAUUGAAACUGAACACUCCGACAAGGAAGCAGCGGAACGCCGUGUUGCGGAACUGGAACUUAACGUCAGAGAGCUGGAGUCGGAGAUUUCCACAGCCCGAAACCAACCGAUGAGCCCUGGUCAAGGAAUCAACGGAGCCGGUAUUUCCACGCCACUGAGACCAGGCACCCCUGUCGGCACUUUCUCACCAAGGGCAUCGCGGACUAAAAGCGGUUUAACCCUGACACAAAUGUACAGCGAAUACGAUAAGAUGCGCACCUUACUCGCUGCCGAGCAACGAAAUAACCAGGAGCUAAAGGCUACAAUGGAUGAAAUGGUGCAGGACCUCGAAUCUAGCAAACCAGAAAUCGAUGAACUUCGGGCGGAUCAUGCACGAUUGGAGGCUGCUGUUGUGGAAAUGUCGAAUAUUUUGGACACGGCUGGGAAAGAAAGAGAUGAUGCUACUAGAGAAGCGCGGAAGUGGCAAGGCCAGGUUGAAGGAUUUGAGCGCGAAGGACAAAUAUUGCGACAGCAGUUGAGGGAUCUAAGCUGCCAAGUUAAGGUAUUAGUUAUGGAAGUGCACUUGCUUGGGUCCGACGAAAAGGACUAUGACAGAGCCGAGCUUGAAAAGAUAGCUCAGGGGGGAAUCGAUGAAGUAGCGGAGGACUUGAACGAAACCGGCCGUUUCAUUACGCGCCAUCUAACGACAUUCAAAAAUUUGAACGAACUUCAACAGCAAAAUGUUACGCUUCGCAGAAUGCUACGGGAUGUAGGUGAUAAGAUGGAGGGCGAAGAAGCUCGCCGGAAAUCUGAGGCUUACCAGAGGGAUCAGGAAGAACUCAAGGAGUUGCGUGUUAGGGUACAGACGUAUCGGGACGAAAUGACAAACCUUAUCUCCCAGACAAAGAGCUAUAUCAAGGAAAGAGACACAUUCCGUAGUAUGCUUACACGCCGCCGUGAAACUGGAGAAUCGACAACUCCCUUUUCACAGUCUCUUCCUUUGGGUGCAACUGCUCCCGUUGCUCCAGUGGACAACGUUCCCCAACCACAAGAAGGUCCAGACUAUGCUGAGCUACUACGAAAGCUGCAGGCCCACUUUGAUUCAUUCCGUCAAGAAACGGCGACAGACCAUUCCUCCCUCAAGCAACAAGUUAAUGACCUUACGAGGAAGAAUAGUGAGCUACAAAGUGAGAUCAGUCGCUCAAGCAGCCAAUUGGCUGCCUCAAUUCAACGCGCCGAGCUUCUUCAAUCGAACUUCAAUCUACUAAAGGGAGAGAAUGUUGAGCUCCAGAAACGUCAUGCUACUCUCAUGGAAAAUGCGAACAAACAAGAUUUGAGAACCCAACAAGUGGCUGAAGAUUUAGUGGAGGCGAGAGGACUUGUUGAUAGCCUCCGAAGGGAAACGACAAACCUGAAGGCUGAGAAGGACUUGUGGAAGAACAUUGAGAAACGGUUGGUGGAAGACAAUGAGUCUCUCAGAAAUGAACGGGCACGCCUCGAUUCACUAAAUGCAAGCCUGCAGUCCAUGUUGAAUGAGCGUGAACACUCGGAAGCUGAGAGUCGCCGGCGUCUUCAAUCGACUGUUGAGAAUCUUGAAUCUGAGUUACAAACUACAAAACGGCAGCUCCAUGUUGAAAGCGAGGAAGCUAAGAAAUCAGCGCUACGUAGAGAAUACGAAAAUAGCCAAAACCAAAAAAGGAUCGAUGAUUUGGUUACUAGCCUUAGCUCCGCUCGUGAGGAACUUAUCGCUACAAAGUCCACUCGCGAUCAUUUGCAGUCAAGAGUUGAUGAGCUAUCUGUCGAACUUAAGAGUGCGGAAGAAAAGUUGGAAGUUUUGCAACGGAAGCCUAGUACCGCUGUCGCCACCUCUCCCACUGCUCCUACUGAUAACGAACAAGAAGCAACUGAUGAAAGUGGAUUAACCAGAGAACAAGAGUUGGGUGUUGAAGUUUCUGAAUUGAAACGUGACCUUGAAUUUGCUAAAUCGGAACUUGAGCAUGCAAAGGAGCAAGUGGAGGAUUACAAGGCCAUCAGCCAAUCAACGGAAGAACGUCUUCAGUCCCUCACCGAUACAAAUGACCAAUACCAGGAAGACACCAAUCGCUUGCUUGAAGAGAAGGAUAGCAAGAUAUCUGAACUGGAAAGACGUAUCGAAGAAAUUACAUCCGAACUGAGUGCGACGAACAGUGAGCUAUCGAAACUGCGUGAACAGGAAGUCGAGUCCCAACGUCGGUUUGACGAUCAAAAGGCGAUGCUGGAGUCCGAAAUUUCAAGACUCAAGGAGCAAGAUGAACGAUAUGCUGCUGCUGCUCAGUACCAUCAGCAGGACCUCAAAGCUCAGGCUGAAAUUGCCCAACAUGCUCAACAAAGCUACGAAAAUGAGCUUUUAAAGCAUGCCGAAGCUGCCAAGAAUCUCCAGAUCGUCAGGGCGGAAGCCAACGAGCUUAAACUUGAAGCCGUUGACCUGCGAACUCAAGCCGAAACCGCCAAAAAUAGUCUUACACAGCAGGAAGAGAAUUGGAAUGAAAUGAAGGCCAGAUUUGAAAGAGAGAUAAUGGAGCUUAAUCGCCGUCGUGAGGAAAUUGUCAAUCAAAAUACCUUGCUUCACCAGCAGCUUGAAAACAUCACCCGGCAGAUUUCAAGUCUGCAGCGCGAUAAAGAGAGUAUGCCCGAAGAGGUUGAUGAGUCAGGAUCGUCUGCGUCCAGCUUGGAAGGCUUACAGGAGGUUAUCAAAUUCCUGCGAAGAGAAAAAGAAAUUGUUGAUGUCCAAUACCACCUCUCGACUCAAGAAGCAAAACGCCUUCGCCAGCAGCUCGAUUACACUCAAUCUCAGCUUGAUGACACCCGUCUUAAACUUGAACAACAACGUCGCGCUGAAGCUGACAGUGAACAUAAUAUUCUAAACCACAAGAAGCUGGUGGACACUCUCAAUGAGCUCAACCUCUUCCGGGAGAGCAGCGUUACCCUGAGAAAUCAGGCAAAACAAGCGGAAAUGGCUCUGGCAGAGAAAUCGGCUCGCGUGGAGGAACUAAUGCAGCAAAUCAGCCCUCUUGAAACCCGUAUUCGCGAAUUGGAAAAUGUUGCGGAGACCAAGGAUGGAGAACUUAAGCUUCUUCAGGAAGACAGGGACAGAUGGCAGCAACGGACACAAAACAUUCUCCAAAAGUACGAUCGUGUCGACCCUGUGGAAAUGGAAGCGCUGAAGGAAAUGCUCUCCACGCUGGAAAAGGAACGAGGCGACGCUGUUUCUGCCAGAGAUGAACUUCAGGCCCAGGUGACAACUUUGUCAAACCAAGUUAAACAAGCAGAGGAGAGGAUUCAAACGAUGCGCUCGACCCUCACCGACCAAUUUAAGGCACGAUCGAAAGAACUCUCGUCUCGUAUUCAAGCCAAACAAGCGGAGUUGAACACGGUAAUCCAGGAAAAGGAAGUAAUUCAACUCGAAUUGGACCGCACGAGGGAGGAAUUGAAUAUUCUAAAGGCAAAGGUAUCGGAAACUGAAUCCCUCGCAUCCGCUCCAGCUCCCUCUCCGACCCCUGCCACGCAGAAUGGCAUAGAUGUUCCACAAGCACCCGAACAACCUACAAUGGCCCAAGGGAUUGAUGCUCCCAGCGCCGAGAAAAUCAAAGCCCUUGAAGAAAAGAUUCAAAGACUGGAAGCUGCACUUGCUGAAAAGGAAGCAACCAUUGAUCAGAAGGUUAAAGAGCGUGUUGAUAAAAUGAAGGAGACGCUGAAUAACAAACUUGCCGAAUACAAGACGCAUCACAAAGAGGAGGUUGAAAAGCUCAAGGCAAGCCACCAGCAAGAAUUGGAAUCUGCGUCAGCUCUAAAGCCAGAUGGCAUUCCUGAGCUCAGCGAUGCCCAGGCAAGGGAGCUUGUGGCUAAAAACGAGACGAUCAGGGCAAUCGUGCGAAACAACAUCAAAAAUGCUGUGGCCAAAGAGAGAGCAUCCACAACGAGCAAAGAGGUCCAUAUUGCUGCUGCUCCUGAUGCCGACGCUAUGAAAGAGUUGGAGCAGAAGUUUAACGAAGAAAAGGAGGCAAUUAUUAAGGAACGGGACCAAAAGAUCGGCUCUGCUGUUGAGCUUGCGGAAAAGAGGGUGCUUGCUAAGCUCAGUAUGACUGAGGGACGCGCGAGGAAUGCUCAAGCCAAACUCGAGGUUGUCCAAAAGGCAGCUGUAGAAACACCGCAAAAGCCUGUUGUUGAAGUUUGGGAAAUUGCUAAAAUCGCGCGACCUGCUCCGGUAGUGCCAACGCAAGCAUCAUUGCAAUUACCAGUCCAGGCCCCGACUCAACUUCAACCUCAAGCUCAAACACCCGCACCAAAACCAGCCCAAGUUCAAACUCCGGCCAGUGCUCCAGCCCAAGGAUCUCAAACGCCGGUUACCCAACAAUCUUCUUCUGGAGAGCCACAGCCACAGCCAGAACCGUCUCCAUCUUCUGCACCUGCUAAACACUCACCUCCAAUCGGCCAGAAACCUGAGCAAGCAACUCCAGGACCACUAUCUCAAGCCGCCCAACAACAACAGCAGCAGCAGCAACAGCCACAGGGGGCCACUUCUAACCAGAAUUCUCCCGCCCAGCCACCCAAUCAAGCCAGUGCAUCCCUCCCUAACAGACCUCCGCAGAGUACUCAUCACCCAGCUAUUGGAACUGGCCCGGGUGUACUUCGUGCCCUUCAAUCCGGGCUCCCAGUAGCUCGCGGUGGUAGAGGACGAAGCGGACCAACCGGCCAGCAACACAAUCCGUUUGGUCCUCAACCUACCGAGCAACAAGGACAAGCUCAACAAUCCCAGCAACAACAACAACAACAGCAGCAGCAGCAGCAGCAGCAUGGUAUGGGCCGAGGCGGUGCUCUGUCUCGUGGAGCUGGUCGAGGUAGAGGUGCCCCGGGGCGUGGUAAUGCUCAAAAUGUCCAAACAGGGAAUCUGCCUCAAGGUCAAGGUCAGCAGAGCCCUAGAGGUGGACGGGGUGCGUUGAAUGCCCAUGCUCGUCAGUUUAUUCCUCAUGGGAACAAGCGAACAAGAGAUGAUGGUAGCGAGGGUGGUGAAGUUAGUAAUGGAAAAAGAAUUCGUGGAGGCGGAGCGGGGUCUUAG